AUGUCAACUAGAACCCAAGAAGUAUUUAGGCGCGUGGACAAACGCAUGGACAAAACGAUUAUCUCCAACGUGGUCUCGGGCCUACUGCGUCGCAGCCAGGACGAGCUAGAUCCAAUCGAUUCGGUAAUGCUUUUCGAGGUCUCAUACGCUGCACUCCUAGACUGGAUUGCUUCAAUUCGUAUUGCAUUCCUGCCAACUGAAGGAAGUAGCGGCGACAACCUGUUGGGAUGGGCCCAACAAUUCCUUGAAAGGUGGCACACCUUUUACAAGGUCAUCGAGGAGUUUGUGGAUGAUGCUUCCCUUGCUUGCCAGCUCGCUUGUGGCUUCUGUGGGAUGCUUCUUGAACUGUGGAGGGAAGAUAUGGCCGUCUUAGAAAUUUGCUUCGGCUUCUUUAACGACAUGUCCAUGCUCUUAGAGGACCUUCUGAGACUCUCGGAGGUAGUUGAUAUCAACACUGAAGUCCGUGAGCAAAUGGUAUUGGCAUUCCUAGAUCUGUUGACACUGGUUUGCGAUGUUUCGAUCCAUACCCAGAAAGCAGUCAAUGAUUUGGUGCUGUCGCCACUCUCCCUGAACCUUUAUGAGAAAUUCGCUGGUCAGAUUCAGACUUUUCGCCAGCGUUAUGAAAAUACCAGAGUCUCUGUGUACAAACAGCAGCUGCUGAGAGAAAAUUUUGAAGAACACAAAGAAAAGAGGAAACUCAAUCUGACUAUGGGCACAGUACAUACCGAGCUCCAUUCAAUCACAAAUUGGCUUGUUUCUGAUGACCCCGUCCUCGCUGAUCUCGCCAAAACAAGUGCCCAUCUCACUCCCUCACGAGAAGAGAUGACAUGCCUCUGGGUAAGGUCUUAUUUAGAGUGGUUCCUGAAAAAUGCCAAUAUUCCUGCCGAGACCACUCCCAGGUCCGUCGCCCGUUCCCUACUCCUCCAACUUUUCACGAUGAGUAGUGGCAGCGUUCCAAUCUACCAAGUUUUGAGUGAUGUGCGCUGGGAACUAGGCCCCCCCGGCUCCAGCGAAGUAAUCCUCGUCGUGGAUGGCAUAGAUGAGGCUUCUUGCGGCGAGCUUACCCUGCUACAAAGACUCGCGUCUGUGACAUCCAAGGCACCUUUCGUCAGGAUGAUUGUUCUUGGCGCACAAAAGCCUUUGGAAGUAAAGGGUCAAAUUUCACUGGAAAUCACUCACGCUAGGACCUUCGACGAUAUUUCUUGGGUCCUUGAAAAGGGUUUGCUGUCCAGCUUUAUGGAGCUGUCUGAAAUGGAUAGAGCCACAAUUGCCGAUAUGAUCACUGAAGCCUCUCAUGGUUCUUUUCUCUGGGCCGAGCUUCUUGUCACAUGCGCCGUCAUGGAAGCUGAGCUCGAUGGAGUUCGCAAGGCUGUUGAUAGGCUUCUUAGUGCAAAGCCAAGCAUUGUUGAUAUGGUUUUUCUGAUCCUGCAAAAUCACGACCCCACCAUGGAAGCCAGACAGAUGCUGCUUUGGUUGGCUACCGCUGAACGUCCCUUGCACACGAGAGAGCUUCUCGCCCUGGCCAGCGUUUCGAUCGACAAGCAUACAGUCGGUGAGAUAAAGGGCGAUAUUCGGCAUACACUGCGUCCUUUCGGCUCAAUUAUCUUUUUACAACAUGGUCUGGUCACUCUACGUCAUGGCACCAUCCGGCAUGCAGUGUUGGAAUUAUUCUAUCAAGGCAAACUUGUCCCUAUCAGCGAUCGGCACGCUGAUUUAGCGACCAGGCUCUUGAUCUACAUCGAAUUCCACAUAGCCCAACAGAGCGAGCCAUCGGUCUCACCACUGAGACUUACAGGAGACCAAUAUUCUGCUUACGAAAAUAGCGGUCUGAUCAGCGCCUCCAAGGAGUUUGCCAACGUACUGCCUAUCUCGACCACAUUCGUCUGUCUCCAGAACGCUAUAUGGGACCCUUUGCCAAUCGUCGUUUUCCUGAGCUAUCGAGAGCUCCUGACAGAAAUAUACCGUGAGCUAUUAGGUGUAAACAACGUCGUGACACUCCAAUGUGUUGUAUUCUCGGCUGGGAUGUAUCGCCAACUCGACAAACUCGACGACGCCAUUCCACUGUUCUACGAAGCGGCCAUUGGCAGCUCGAAUCUGUUGACUACUGGCCAUAUUUUGACUUCCGAAAUGGUUUCUGCUUUUCUUUCUCUGACCAAGGACAAGAUCUCAAGCGCCAAGACCGACAUUAUGAUUAAAAGAGGCGAAUGCCUGCUACUUUCUGUGGAAUGCUGCAAGAUCCAUGAUGGACCUGCAUCUGAAAAGCAUAUUGGUGCCCUGAGACAACUAAGUGAGCAUCAUCGCAUGAUUGGCGACGAGCAGCAGGCCGAGGAGGUGAUGAGUAGUAUCGAAAGUAUUACUCGGUAG